AUGGCUUCAUCUGGCAAUGAAAACUCAAUUUCUACGCGUGAAAGCACGGAAACCAAUGCCGACUUUUCCGAAGCAAAGGGGAAACGAAUUAAAUUGAAUGAUCCGGCCACUUUGGCUUUCCCCCCAUUAUCGAUUGGUUUAGGUAAAGUUCCAAUCGAAGAAGCAAUGCCAAUCCUCUGCAAGGUAAUCAAAGAAUUUAUCGACAGUCAUAAGGACCAACGUUACUUUCUUGUUCUCGUCGAAGAGGAUCACGAGAUUUUAGAAUACUUUAGACAGGAAAGUGGAAAUUUAUGGAUUCAAUCCCGAAUGACUGAUCAUUGCGAGCUGACCAAAGAUAAACGACUACUUCUCAGGAAAGAUGUGAUUGAUGAAGACGAUGAUCGAAAAUGCAGGUAUAUUGCGUGCGAGACUACCUGGAGGCUGAAACCUGAUGUAACGCCUUUCAGCAAAAAGGUGUACAAAGCCGCAGGAUCUGACCUUGCUAAGAGAAUAAAGGAGGCUUAUCCCCAGCCUGGCGCACUCGGCGAGGCCUAUCCAGUUUCGCUUCCGCCAGAGAGUAAUAUCCGCAUAAACAAAGGCGUCGAACAGAUAAUCUAUAUCGUCGCUCCAAACAUGAACCCGGCACGAUCUGACCACCUCCCGCUCGAUGAAGCAAAAAAAUCUCUGACGAAAUCCUACCAGUCGAUGUUGAACGCAUUUUGGUCUGUCGCUAAUGACAAUAAAUAUUCACCAUCGAAUUCGCUUGAUACGGAAGAUAAUGAAAAGAAGAAGAAAGCAGCGGGUAUUCUUUUCACAACCUUUUGCGUUCUUUGUAAAAAUCUGUUCAUCUCGGCAAAUCUAUUCAUGCUCGAGAUUUCUUUCUCAGUCGAUAUUCUAACGCCAGCCGCAAAAAGUCCAGAAAUACAUCUGCCUCGUCACGAAAGAUCUUUGUACAAUAACGAUUGGUCGAGGGUUCUUUGGGAGUAUUGUUCAAACCCCGAAGCAUUUCCCUCAGACAUAGUAUACCAUUACGAUGACGACAUUGUUGUUACAUGGGACAAAUUCCCAAAAGCACAAAAGCACUUGUUAGUGAUGCCACGUCGAAAGAUCGAGUACAUCGAUGAUCUGAAGAGAGGUGAUAUUGGUACAAUUGAACUAUUGAAAAAGAAGGGACAGUGGGUAAUAGACAGGCUUAAAGAAGAAAACGCAAAACUUGAUUUUCGUAUGGGAUUUCACGCCAUGCCUAGUAUGAGACAACUGCACAUGCACGUAAUAUCUCAAGAUUUUGUUGCACCGGCACUCAAAAACAAAAGGCAUUGGAAUUCGUUCACAACAUUUUUCUUUAUUCCAGUUGACAAUCUUUUAGACGUGCUCAGAGGGAAAGGCGAAGUAACGAUCGAUAAUGAAUACUAUGGCCGGCUGCUUAAAAGUCGCUUAAGGUGUCACCGAUGUGAGAAAGAGUUUAGGACGAUGCCAACGCUGAAAGAUCAUCUUCGACAACAUUGGGAAUAA